AUGGAGUUUACCAAGCUAACUGAGAUUGAGCUGCCAGCGGCCUUUGACGCACAUGUGCAUCUUCGCGAUGGCGAAAUGUCGCAGCUCGUCACACCCACGAUUCGCCAGGGUGGUGUGAAUCAGGUGUAUGUCAUGAACUCAUCAUCCGGCGUCCUCGACUACGAAACCUUUUACCCCGUCUUCGAAGAAAUGGAAAAACAAAACAUGGUCCUCAACCUCCACGGCGAAGUCCCGUCCACCCCAGCCGGCACCCAUGUGUCAUCAACCAAAGACACCAAAACAGGCGCCAUCACCAUCCUCAACGCCGAACCCGCUUUCCUACCCACCUUCAUCUCCCUGCACAAGCGCUUCCCCAACCUGCGCAUCAUCCUCGAGCACUGCAGUACCGCUGCCGCUCUAGACGCAGUCCGUUCGUGCGGUCCCUCGGUAUCUGGUACGAUUACCGCUCACCACCUCAGUCUCAUCAUCGAUGAUUGGGCGGGCGACCCAUUCUGUUUCUGCAAGCCUGUUGCCAAGACGCCCGAGGAUCGCGAUGCCUUACUCCGUGCUGUGGUGCAGAGCGGCGGGAAAUUCUACCUUGGGACGGAUUCUGCACCGCAUCCUAGGGGCAAGAAGAGGGGUGAAGACAAGGUUGCUGCCGGUGUGUUUACGCAGCCGUAUGCGUUGGGUUAUGUGUUGGAUGCGCUCGAGACGGGUGUAAAGAGAGGAGUUGUCAAGGAGAGUGAGGUGACCAAGGAAGUUUUGGAGGGUUUCUUUGGGGCGUGGGGAAGGAAGUUCUAUCAGGUUGAGGAUACUAGGGGGGGGAAGGUCGUUUUGAGGAAGGGUGGGGAGAAGGUUGUGGAUGUUUUGAAGAAGGAAGGGGGUGGAGAUGUGGAGGUUGUACCGUUUAGGAAAGGAGAGAUGACCUGGGCUGUUGAGUGGAAGUGA